ACACACAUUCACAAAUACCCCUUACUCUGUGGUCACCCCAUCAGUUUCAGAGUUGCGACGGGCAUCCAGCUGUGGUGGAGGUAUUAAACUGAGGCGCCAAAAAAAAUCAUAAAACUCCUCGCGACAAGGGACUGGCGCACAACAUUUUAAAGUAGGAUAGGCGGAGAUUCAGGUAAGAAGAUGAACCGAGUCACCAAGAUUCAAACAACCCCAUCAAUGUCUGGGACGGACAUGGCUCCUUGCUUCAAGGUGACCGUGUUCGAGCAGGAGCAUUUCCAAGGCAAGUGUCAGGAGCUCACCACAGAGUGCUGCAACAUCCAGGAGCGUGGGUUUGACAACAUCCGAUCGAUCCGAGUGGAGAGUGGAGCCUGGGUGGGGUAUGAGCACCAUGACUUCCUGGGGCAACAGUUUGUCCUGGAGAAAGGAGAAUAUCCCCAUUGGGAUGCCUACAGUGGCAGUCUGGGCUACCAUGUGGAAAGGAUGAUGUCCCUGCGUCCCAUCUACAGCACUGCCAACCAAAGCAGUCACAUGGUUAUCUACGAGAAGGAAAAUUUCCAGGGUCGCAGUGUAGAGCUGUGUGAUGACUACCCUUCUCUGCAGGCCAUGGGGUGGGGCGAAACACAAGUGGGCUCCAUGCAUGUGCAGAGUGGCGCCUUUGUGUGCUAUGAGUACCCAGGCUAUCGAGGACAGCAGUACAUUAUGGAGUGCGACAAGCACAGUGGAGACUACCAGCACUGGAAGGACUGGGGCUCGCACUGCCAGACCCCUCAGAUCCAGUCUAUCCGCAGAAUCCAGCAUUGAGUCUGAUAGAAUGAGGGAAGGAGUGGUUGGGAGAGAGGAAGAAAGAGUGUGCAAGCAGAGGAGUCGCAUCAAUCAUUAUAGCAGCAGUCACUUUACGAGGUGCAGUGUGGCAAAUUUGUGAAACUGUCAGCGGUUGCACAUGGUUUCCGAUUAUAGCACUCUGAAACAUAUGCAGAAAGCUCUAGUAGAAUUUAUAGUGAAAUACGUAGUUUAAUUGGACACACUGAUCAUGGCGUCAGCAUAAAAUGGAUACAGGAAGAGUUUUUUCCUCCCUUUUAGAAGUUGCUAAGCCUAUUUAUUUUGCUAUUCUAACUAUACAUGAUUAUAUGGCUUGUGUAAUCUUUAUUAUUUGCAUUUAGCAUUGUUUUUUCCCUGCUGUUCACCACCACAAUAUCAGAACAGAUCUAUGACCACCACCAGUUGAAAAGCACUGAUCCAUACAAUAGAAGCAAAGUGCGGGACACAAGGGACACAAGAUUACUCGAUCAGGGCAAGAUGUGUAUAUUUAUAUGUAAACAUGUCAUGCUCUGUGACGUUUGAGUGCCAUAUGGGACAGAUGGGAGUGCGUGUGUUAAACCAUUCGGAGGAGAGGAGGAUGACGGUUGACUAAUAAAUGCAUACUCACCUCA